AUACGUAAAAUACUAGCAGCAAGUUAACUGGAUUUGACGAGGUUAAACGUGUUGUUACAUCUCUUUGGCGUUGCUUCUUCUAAUGCAACCUUUCAAGCAAGUAUCGUACUGAUGUUACGAUAGGAGAAUUAUAACAACUAACUAACUUUAGCUAACAAUAGCCACAUGCUAAAAUGAUGCCACAUUGCAUGAGAGUGUGGCUAUGUGCGCGUCUCUCUGUCGUUAUUGUUAUAAUGAGUGAACUGUAAUAAUGAGAACUUAGCUGUAAAAGUUUUCUUAUUGUAUAUGUAUAUGUCGGGAAAUCUAUAGGGUAUUGAUUGGCUAAGAGAAACGUUGUGAAAGAGCUGUCCCUCGUGACCAUAUUCUCCAAUGAGAGGCCAUGUUUAUCUGCCUUCGGUCUGCAGCUGGAUCCAUGCGUGUUCAUGAGACAUUUAUCCUACACGGUAGUACGAAAUUUUACAAUGACAUCUCAGUAUUUCAAGAAGAAGUCUGAUGUUACUCAAAAUAGCGCACAAGAUCCUGGCUCCGGUUUGUCCUGCCUUUGCUCCAAACUCAAUACAGCGAUCAAAAGUGUGGGGGCUGCGAUCAAGCUAGAGGAGCAAGAACCCCAAAUAUCAGAGAAAACACCCUUUUCCAUAAAUUCAGAGUGCUGCCCUGAACAUCCACCUCAGGAUGCUGUUCGGCCAAAAACAGACUCUGAGCCUUUGUCUUCAAACUAUCGCAGAAGAAGACAGCUGAAGGUGGAAUAUGUUAAGGCUGAAGAUACUGCACAGAUGAAAACAGAGCACUGGGAGCCUGCAGAUUGGAAGAAACAACUUGACCACAUAAGAGAGAUGAGGAGUGGCCUAGAUGCGCCUGUCGAUAACAUGGGAGCAGAGAAAUGCUAUGACCAUGAUGCCCCAGCACAGGUAAAACGCUUUCAGGUUUUGGUGUCUCUAAUGCUGUCCAGUCAAACCAAAGACCAAGUCACAGCAGGUGCAAUGGAGCGGCUACGAGCACACGGAUGCACUGUGGAAAAUAUACUAAGCACUGAAGAUGAAACACUUGGAAAACUGAUUUAUCCUGUUGGUUUUUGGAAGUAUUGCCUAUUUCCUGUGCUGCAGACAAAAGUGAAAUAUCUAAAGUUGACAUGUGCCAUGCUCCAAAAGGAGUUUGGGGGGGACAUUCCAAACAGCACUGAAGGUUUGGUCCGUUUGCCUGGAGUUGGACCAAAGAUGGCCCACCUUGCGAUGGACAUCGCAUGGGAUCAGGUGUCAGGCAUUGGAGUGGAUACACAUGUACAUCGUAUCUCAAAUAGACUGGGUUGGCUCAAAAAAAUGACCAAGAACCCAGAGGAGACGCGCAAAGCCCUGGAAGAGUGGUUGCCAAGGGAGCUGUGGAGUGAGAUCAACUGGCUGCUGGUUGGUUUUGGGCAGCAGGUUUGUUUACCAGUAAACCCGCUGUGCUCUGUGUGUCUCAACCAGCACAACUGCCCCUCUGCGCACAAAGCAUCCCCGGUGAAGAGACCCAAGUCCAGAUCCCCACACACGUCUAGUAAAACCACACACAAAACAAAAACUGAACUUGGUAAAGUUGAACCUUCAUCCCCUGCUGCCCCUUCUUUACCAAAGAAGAACAAAAAUAAGAAAAAGAAAUCUAAAUGAAUAUUAUGACACAUACAGGGACAUUUCUGUAGUUGAUUUAUCCAUUUUAAAAGAAGUAAAUAUUUUUGUAUUGUGAGUGUUUGUGUGUGUGUGUGUGUGUGUGUG